GCUGGCGGGUUGGAGGAGUGGGGCAGGCAACGCGUUCCGUCACUCGUGCGCUCGCUCGCGGUCAUGACCCAGAUAAGUCUAUUCAGAAAACUCUAAUCACACCCCGGGUAUAUGUAGCGAGCGGCCUUCGUAACUCGAUGCCAGUCUUGUAGGAUCUGCUGGUUGUAUGGCCGAGAAGUCGGGUAGUGGUUGUACAGAGAAGAGUAUAAGUGCUGGUGGAGUUGAGGUCGGGGUGACGUGCAGUCACAGUGGUGUGUGUAGUGUUAGGGUUCGUCACAGCCAGGACUCAUCGCUCUCUCCUCGACAAGUGAAGUGGAUGUACAAGACUAGAACAAAGUGACUUUAUCUGUGUUCAGUCAGCAGGAUAAACAAAGACAACAUUUUUGUAGCUUGUUUGUGAGGAGGCCGACAGACGACCAAUCAAUUCUGGCUGGCAACGCACUAGCGGCCUUACUGACCUGCACAGCGCAGCACAGCGAGGCUGUUGGUGCCCGGGGCGACGUGUCCUGCACGUCACACCAUGGGCGAGCUGACUCCCAACAUGCACGUGGUUACAGCGGCUCUGUGGGCACUGGCCUCCACCACCGCAGCCUUCACCACCUAUCACGCAGACCUGCUGUGCGGCAAGGAAAUCUCGCUCGGACUGGAGAAGACAGCCGCCGCCAUGCUGGUGCUGACGUCAUCAGACUGCCGUCCUGGGGUCAUGGACUGUGGGGUCAGGGUGAGGUCUGACCAGGGCAGUCAGAUGAUGCUGUCGUUUCUGUCGCUGGACCUGGGCUUUGGUCGUUGUCUGGAUGAGUACGUCGAGAUCACCAACAACGACAACGGGAGUAUAGAGGCCUUCAAUGCUAGUGCUAAGUUCUGCAAAAAUAUGGUUACCUGGCUCUGUCAUCAUAUCGUCCAAUAACAUCACUGUGAGGGUUGUCAGCAGCGGACAGAUGCAAGGGACAGGUUUUCAGCUGAUGAUGACUCAGUUUCUACCAAGG